UUAUCAUAAACUAUUUAAAAUGAAUAAGUCAAGAAACGAUUUUCAAAUAUUAAUAAUUUCUUGUAAAUAAAUACAUUUAUUAUUUUUAUGUCUUAGUAAAGGACUAUAAAAUAAACAUUUAUUGAAUUAUAUCUCUAAUUGUGUAUCAUUUUGAAAUUAUAUUAUGGAUACUGAGAGUGACAAGGGAAAAACUCCGUUUAAAGUUCCUCAACUUCUUAUAGGCUCAAGACCCGGUAUAAAAAAAUCUAUAAAAGAUGUUCAAGAAAAAAAAUCAGAAAGUAAUGAAAAUUUGAAAUUUCAAGAUGAUGGCUCAGUAGAAAAAAUCACAGAUCCUAAAGAAAAGCCAAAAAAAAUAUCUCAAGUGCCUAUUCCAUACGAUGAACCAUCAUGGGGUGGAAAACCAGGAGAUAAAUAUUUUUUAGAGGAAAUGAAAUCAGGUGUUAUAUUAAGUGCUAUAACAUUAGAAGGCAGAUCAUUUCAUUGUUUUGGUCGUUUAGAUAAUUGUCAUGUUACUUUGGCACAUCCCACAAUUUCUAGAUUUCAUGCAAUUCUUCAAUAUCGAUCAACAUUUACAGCUAAUGAUGAAAAACGUGGAUUUUACUUAUAUGAUUUAGAUAGUACUCAUGGGACAUUCCUUAAUCGAAUGAGAAUAAAACCUAAGACCUAUGUCAAGGUUCAUGUAGGUCAUUUGAUAACUUUUGGUGGAAGUACUAGAAUGUAUCUUUUACAAGGACCAUCAGAUGAUGAAGAAGAAGAAUCUGAACUAACUGUUACUGAAUUAAAAGCAAAACGACAGGCAGAACUUGAACAAAAAGAAAGAGAUAAAAAAUUUAUAAAAUUAAAAUUAGAAGAAGAAGAAAGAAAAAAAUUAGAACAGGGUGUAGAUUGGGGAAUGGGUGAAGAUGCUGACGAAGAGGGAGAUACUAAAGAAAAUCCAUAUGCACCUAAAGAUAAUGAACAGUUGUAUUUAGAUGACCCCAAAAAAACAUUGAAAGGCUGGUUUGAUAGAGAAGGACAAGAACUUGAGUAUGAUGUUUCAGAAAAAGGAUUUGGUACUUUUACAUGUCGCAUUGAGUUGCCAAUAGCUAAUAUUACUGGUAGACCUCAGAUUGCUGAAGCUACAGUUAGUGGGAAAAAAAAAGAAGCAAUAGUUCAUUGUGCUUUAGAAGCAUGUAAAAUAUUAGACAUGUAUGGCCUUUUAAGACAAGCAACUCAUGAAAGUAGAAAGCGGAAGGAAAAAAAUUGGGAAGCCGAUGAUUUUUAUGAUAGUGAUGAUGACAAUUUCUUUGAUCGAACUGGAGAUAUUGAUGCUAAACGUAAAAAACGAAUGAAAAAGUUUGGUAAAACUGUUGAAACAGUUGAUACAUAUGAAACAUUGAUAGAAAAACACAAACUAUUGGCUGCUGACAUAAAGUAUACAUCAAGUAAACUUAAUAGGUUAAAUAAAAAUGUAAAUAAAGAAUAUGGAGAAGAUAAAAAUGAAGAAGAUUCUUUGGAAUCAUACAUGGCUGAUUUAAGAAAUUAUAAGACUGUUGAUAAAACAGAAAUUGAAAAAUUAAGAAAUAAAUUAAAUGAAUUACAAGAAGAAGAAGAAAAACUUAGAAAAAUAAUAAACAUUGUUAAACCUACUUUUUUUCCUGAACUAACAAAACCUCAGGUAGAAGAAAUCAAAGCAGCAGUUGAAAUUAAUUCAAAUAACAGAAUAAUUAACACUGAAAAAGUCAUAAAACAAGUAAAUAAAAAAGAAGAAUUUAAUAAAACUGAAAGUCCAGAUAUGAUGAAAGUUACAAUUUUAUCAAAUAAUGAUGUUGAUGUUAAAAAAGACGGUGCAAAAAAGGACGAAGAAAAAGUGUUAAAAGAAUUAAAAGAAGCUGAGAAAAGGCAAAAACAGUUGGAAAAAAAAGAAAAAAAGAUUAUUGCCAAGAGUGUAAAAAAAGAUAUGGAGGAAGAUUUUGGGAACAUGGUUUGGAGACCGCCAGCUAACCAAAAGGGUGAUGGACGUACUAGUUUAAAUGACAAAUAUGGCUAUUAAUAAUUUUCUAUUAAUAUAAUGAAUCUAUUAAAUUUUUUUUUUGUAAAAUAUUGCUGUAAAUAAAGUAUUAUUUAUAUAAUUA